UCCAUAAAAAGACACACCCACACUGUUCAAAAAGAAAAUACCUUACUGGACUAAAAUUCCCCCAAAAUCUUUCAAUUUGAAACCCUAAUUUUCACUAUCCUAAUCACAAAAUUCUUCAAUUCAAAUUUCACAUUUUACGGGGCAGUGACAACAAUUUAUAAGAGUUGCAUGUGGUGGAAUGUUACAUGGAAGCUGUACUAACAGAAGAAGAAACUGAGAAUACCAAGCUGCACAUUUCUGAUCCUGUUGUCUAUAAGCUUGCAAGGGUUGUAGGUGAUGGGAUAUAUGUAGCUGCAACUGAUGAUGAAGUCAUGAAGGUUGAAGACUUGAUUGAUCAGAAAAGUUCUCUACAAUUUGUUCCUGAUGACACUCAGACUGCUGUCUGCACUUCACAUGAUGAUGCUUUUUGUCAGGAGUUCAUGGCCAUCGACUGUGAAGAUCUCUUGAAUUUUGACGACCUUCCUACUCAAGGAGGAAUAUCAGAUGCAGUAGCUGACACAAAAGUUGAUCUUGGAAAAUUAAACACCCAAUUUGAGAAAGAUACUCAAGCGGAGCCAACUCCUGUUGAUGGCAAGAAUGACCAAUCUGUGGAUAGAAAGCAAGUAGAUCCUCUAAUAGGAUCAGCCGAGAGUGAACCGUCAACUUCUACUAUGUGUGCUGAUUCAAAACCGGAUUUCUCUAAGCUGGAGGGGGAGAUAUGCCUGGAAAGUCUCUCCGUUAGAGAACUUCAGGCUACUUUUAAGGCUACAUUUGGUAGGGAAACUAAUGUUAAGGACAAACAGUGGCUCAAGAGAAGGAUUUCCAUGGGGUUGUCUAAUUCUUGUGAUGUUUUAACAACUACCUUCAUUUUUGCAAAUAAUAGAGUGAAAAAGAAAGUCAAAGUAAAAGAGUGUAAUGAUAAGGAUGAGAAUCACAACGAGGUCUCUUUUCCUGGAUUUGAAGGAAAAAAUGUUAGUGGUGAUAGUAUAUCGGUUGGUCAAACGAUUCAAAUGGAAGACUAUUUCAGUGGCAACAGCAAUAGUGUGCAAAGUGCAACAUCUAAGCAUCAUAAUGUUUCUGAAGAUGAUAACCAAGGAUCUAAAAGAGUUCGGAAACCCACAAAGCGCUAUAUUGAAGAAGUUUCAGAAUCAGACUCACGGGAACAUAGUGGAAAACCGGUUUCUUCUUUCAAAAGUUCUGGACAUGGAACGCGGACCCGUGUCAGACCCAUUUAUAGUAACCAGCCAGUUAGGAGACCUCUUGUCACUCGUCAGGAUUCUCUCGGUGGUUCUGGGGUUGAAAUUCCAUAUGUUUGUAGGAUCCGGAGAGGACGUCCAAGAGAAAAUUUUAUGGCUCUUAUGAAAUUUCAGUCAUGUGGAAUGGGAGUGACUGCAGAACUCAUAAGCAAGUCCCAUGAUGAAAAAGAUCCUCGGUCAGAUAACGAUAUAGAGAACCAUGGAUUGAGAGCUUCACUGGCCAAUGGAUGGGAUCAAGAGCCUCCAAUUAAGGAAUCAGAAGAAAGUGAACAAUGCUCAGAGCAAUCGUCCGACUUAAACAAUGAUUCAGAUGAGGGACCUGUGGAUUCAUAUGCAGAAGAUUCAGAUGGUAGUAUACCAACUGUGCCGACAGCAAAAGGUGGUAUGAGAAGGAAACAUCAUCGACCAUGGACUCUUAAUGAAGUUGUCAAGUUAGUUGACGGUGUUUCUAGGUAUGGUGCUGGCAGGUGGUCCGAGAUAAAGAAAAUUUCUUUUGCAACAUGCUCACACCGUACUUCAGUUGAUCUCAAGGACAAGUGGAGGAACCUGCUGAAAGCGAGUUUUGUGCAGUUACCAGCUGAAAAAGGGGUGCAAAAUUCUAAGAAGCAUCCAUCAAUUCCAAUCCCAGCAUCAAUUCUGAUAAGAGUGAGAGAGCUUGCGGAAAUCCAAUCCCAGGUGCUUCCAGAUAUGAGAGCAGUGAAAUUUGGUGGACAUAGUAGUAGAAAUGUAAAUGAUAAAAGGUCUGGAUUUUUGUAAUGCUGUAAAUUGCUUGUGAAGUUGGGGCUGAAUUUAGAAAUAAGAAUGUCUGAUUGUACCAGUUGUGAUGGAUUCCUUGCAUUUUUUUCCGAGUUAUUUGUAGAUAAUUUCCGAAAUUCACAUGUUUCUAGCUUUUGGACGAGUGGAUUCCGAAAGUAAAGGUUUUCUUAAGUUAAGAGCAUGUAUUAAUCC